CAACCAAUCAUUGGUCGAUAAAUUGCUCUACACAUACACUAUCAUGUGAUAUAUCACUCAACCAAUAGUAUGGAAGCAAACAAAAAGUUUAAAAUUAAAGUUUCAUUCGAAAUAGUCGUUGAAAUCCGGGAAUCGACUCAUUGUUUGCAUUGAAACUAACGAUUCAAUCAUUUUAUAGUUUUAUAUUUCAAUCACUUAUUUGUCAUAAGUUUUAUACAAUUAAGUCAACAAUUAGUCAUUACAUUGACUGCUAUAUCAUGUGAUUAUUUAACCGAUAAAUUAUAAUACAAUUGUUGUCGCAUUCAAUAUUAAUGUCGUCGAGUAUGAAGAGAUCGUCUCACGAGACAUAUGAGUCGAGUCCGGCCAAACAGCGGUGCACUGCAACCGGUGGCCACACUUCGGCUGAUACGUCGAACCGAAUGCGCGUAUAUGUGAGGGUUAGACCACUGAAUGACGCCGAGACCGACAAUGGAUUGAAAAAGUCAAUUGACGUAAUCGACACACAAUUACUGGUCUUUGAUCCCAUAGAAUUGGACAACAGUCUCAAUACCGAAGACCAGUACGAAUACCGCGGAAAGACAUAUCGGGCUAUCGGUCGCAGACCUAAUAGAAACUUGCAGUUUGUCUUCGACCGAGUUUUUGAUGAGAAUAUUGAUAAUAUCAAAGUAUUUGAACAAACGACUAAACAUUUUGUCGAUUCUCUUCUCAAUGGAUAUAACUGUGCGGUCUUUGCUUACGGCGCCACCGGAUCUGGAAAGACGCACACAAUGUUGGGAUCAGCUGAUGAUCCGGGAGUUAUAUUCUUCACAACAAUGGAAUUGUUCCGGAAGUUAGAAGAAAAGUCUGACGAAGAGAAAUUAGAACUAAGUAUUUCUUAUUUCGAGAUUUAUAAUGAAGUUGUGUUUGAUUUAUUGGACCCGACGUCUGGCAAAGCAUUGGCCGUACGAGAAGAUAACAGACGCGGAAUAGUUGUGAGUGGUUUGUCAAUACAUCAGCCAAAAGAUGCGAACCAUUUACUAGAAAUGUUGGAAUACGGGAAUAGAAACCGAACCCAACAUCCGACCGAUGCUAACGCAGAGUCCUCGCGAUCGCACGCAGUCUUCCAGAUAUCACUGAAAAAACAGGAGUACUCGUCGUCUCAAGAAAUGUCUAUUCAAGUAUCGAAAAUGUCAUUAAUUGAUUUGGCCGGCAGUGAGAGGGCUACCACUGCUUAUAAAACUAAUAGAAGUAAAGGACUGCAGAGAGAGGGCGGAAAUAUUAACAAAUCAUUGUUAGCUUUGGGUAAUUGUAUUACAGCAUUGGCCGCAACUGAUCCAAGAAAGAAACAAACUUAUAUACCAUAUCGUGGAUCAAAAUUGACAUUAUUAUUAAGAGAUUCAUUGGGUGGCAAUUGUCAGACAACAAUGAUAGCAACCGUUAGUCCUUCGAGAUGUCAUUUUGAAGAAACUCAUAACACACUCGUAUACGCCGAUAGAGCCAAAGGUAUUCAAUUGAGCCUAAAGAAGAACAACAUUUCUGUUGGUCUUCAACCAAGAAAUUAUAACAAUAUAAUGGAAACUCAAAAUCGUAAGAUAACUGAUUUGACCGAACAAUUGGAUCAAUUGAGAAGUGAAUGUGAAAGACUUCGUUCAACUAUUAAUUCGGUUCCGAGGGAUGUCAUCAAUGCUAAGAAUGAUUCAAAUAAACUCUUGAAUUCCGUCAAGAAUUCAUUGGACUUAUUGUUUGAGGAGAGGUUUGAAUUAAGACAAAAACUUAUGGAAAGUGAAUCAAAUUUAAAGAAAAUYGAUUUAAGACUUCUUUUUCGAAAGUAUGAUAUGGAAAGAUAUAAAACAAUGGCCAACGAUGACUAUGAGAUGAGCUCAAUGGCUAAAUCAGAUCCAUUACAAUCACUGUAUAAUCAGAAACUUCAUUAUUCUGAUCAAAAAUGCACUCUCGAAGCCAAAGUAGAAGAAAAUGAAAGCAAGAUUAGGAAAAUUGAGAGCGAAUUAUUAGAAAAGACUGGAUCUGAUGAUUGGCUAAUCAAUCGAUUUUUUACCGAUGAGAACAUUAAGGCUGAGUUCAAAGAUAAAGCAUUUGCUGAAAAACAUUCGCUCGAAAUUGCAAAAGAGAUAUUCAGUCGAUUAGAUACUAAUGAAGAACUUAUGAUGGAUUCGGUUAAAUUGAAUCGUAAAGCUUAUCAAUGUCUCGAUGGUAUGGGACGUCUUAGCGAAGAACUAGAAACCGCUUUUAUAUCACUUUUACGUAGAGUUGAGGGAAAGAAAAAUGUCGUUUGGAAAGACGAUAUCUCUUCGCCAACCAUUUCAAAACGCAAAGAAGUGGCGUCACUGUUCUCAUUGCCGACUUAUUUAGCACUGAAUAAUACACCACAACUAAACACAUCACGAGCUUUGGUUUCCGUUCAUCACAUAACUCCCAACAAUGCAAAUAUGACUCCUGAAAGAGGUUUACCAUUAAUGCAGAAAAAUGUGAAUUUACCCAAACUAUCGCUUACAUCGACGGUAACAAAGACAUCGAAAGUGGCAGUGGUUUCGGCGAGUAAACGAAAUAUAGACGACGAGAACAAUGCUUUAAAUGAUACGUUCACUAUAGGCGCCGGUCGGUCGUCACCUAAGACUCAAAACACAAUUCGUGAUAAUAAUGACUAUCGAAUGAAAAGUCCAAUAAAUAACUAUAGAAAUGGUAACAAAAAUUUCUAUCAAUAUAGAGAUGAAAACAAAAGCAGUGGUCGAUCGCCGUACUCGAGUAGAUCUCCUUAUCAACAAAACAACAAUCGAUACAACAAUCAAUGGAAUCGUAAUCCCAACUAUAACUCAUACGGUAAUAAUGGUUACAAUGGUUCGGGUCGUAAAUAUAAUAAUAAUCGACAAAAUGAAUCCAAAUCUCCAUAUUAUCCGCGCUUUAGAUUCUAAUGACUGAAUAACUGGUUGAGGACUUUGCCUUCUCUUCUAAAUAUUUAAAUCUUUUUAAUAAUUAUUUGAUUUUUCAUUAUUUUUCACUUUUUAAAUUGUAAUAUAUAGUCAAUAUUUU